AUGGUACCAGGAGGCCCAGGGAAGACAGCCUCACGAGGUCAACUGUGUCGUGCUGAUGAGAAGAAGAAAGGGACAAGGAGAUCUGACAAAAAGAAGGUUACUGGUGACCUUGAUAAAAGCAACUUCAGUGAAAUGGUGGAGAAGUGGGUGGAAGAGAGAACGGGAGUAGAAAUUGAGAAGCUGGAUUACCAUCAUUACCUGCCUCUGUUUUUUGAUGGGCUUUGUGAAAUGACAUUUCCCUAUGAGUUUUUUGCUCGGCAAGGAAUCCACGACAUGCUGGAACACGGGGGGAACAAGAUUCUACCUGUCAUUCCACAGCUCAUUAUCCCGAUAAAAAAUGCUUUGAACCUCCGAAACCGACAGGUCAUCUGCGUCACUCUCAAAGUCCUCCAGCAUCUGGUGGUGUCAGCGGAGAUGGUCGGUGAGGCUUUGGUGCCUUAUUACCGCCAAAUCCUCCCCAUCCUGAACAUCUUCAAGAAUAUGAACAGUGAGUUGUCCCAGGAGUUAUUACCUUCUAAGCCCUGA